GGUCCUUACAAAGCGGAGGUGAAAGUUCAGCAGUGCGCCUUGUAAAAUGGCGGCUGAAUUGACCAGAGAGUGGAGCGAUGAGCAGCUAAAAAGUGAUGAUCUACCCAAAAAAGACAUUAUUAAGUUCAUUCAGGACAAUUCUGCUCAUUCGGUAUGUUUUAUGUUUGAUCCAUGCAUGCAUUGGCGUGACAGCGCUCAUUGAAAUGCCAUUGCUUACUUUUAGAGCGCACGCAUGGUGAUAUCAGUUUACCUCCGCAUUGGCGAACCGCUGCCAAUUUAGCUUGAUGCUAGCUUGUUAGCCUAGCAUGUAGUAGUUCAGCAUUGUAUGCAGGUCUUUACUGGCUAGUACCAUUAAUUUUGCUUAUCACCAUGCCGUGUCAAGUUCAUGUGGAAAAGGCUACAUAUUUAAAGUACUUUUUUUUCCCCAGCCUUUGGGCCUAUGUGAAGUAGUUAUUUUUGUGGCACCAGGCAGUAGGGAAGCUACGCAGGAAAGUGUUUCUUGCCAGAUUUAGGAAAUAAUGCAGGUGUACAAAAGGACUUAAGUUGUAAUUCAUUCCGUUCGUGGCAAAAUUACUACUCUUCUGACGUAGUGACUUCUCUCUUCCAGUUUCUUGCAGAGCACAAGCUGAUGGGAAAUAUCAAGAAUGUUGCAAAAACGGCAAAGAAGGAGCAACUGAUUAUUGCCUACAACGAUUUGUUUGAGAGCAAGGUAGGGUGGACCACAUGAAUGGAUUGAAUGUGAUACCUAUUUUAAAAAGCGUAUGACACAUGAGGGCUCAAAUUUAAAUAAUGAAUUCCUGUAAUGUAGUAUUUUGUUUGUGCAACCACCAGAGGUUUUUAGGUUCAGAACCCAUUGAAGAUGUGACGGAGCAUGUGAAAAAUGUGAAGAUCGACGACAAGCCCAAAGAAGUUGUGGAAGUCGUUGAUGAGGUAUGUACACAACCCAUGUUUGAAAAACUUUUGAUUAAGUGCUUUCCACUGAAAUAGGCAUCAGGAUAAAAGUGCUGUAUUUUGCUUUUAAGUUUAACGAGUCUACAAUUUUCUGCUCCUCUACAUUCAGAAGGUUGUCAGAAGAAUUGUACUGUUAAAAUGGUAACUUAUGUAUUACAAUUCCCAGGGUCCUCCUAAGUUCUUCAAGUCUGUGCUGAAGAAAGGAGACAAGACUAACUUCCCUAAGAAGGGAGACAAUGUGAGCUGUUGGUACACUGGCUCCCUGGAGGAUGGCACAGUGUUCGACACCAACAUCCCUGCAAGUAUGUUUUCUUUCUCAUACUUCUGUCACACUUACUCACUCGCAUGCAUUCUCUCUUACUAUCUCUGUGACACACAAUUUUAUCCUCUUGGUCUCUCUCUCUCACACACACACACGUAUUGUUACUCUGUCACAUACUCACUUUACCUCAAUUACCUUUCUCUCAGUAAUACCAAUAAUGAUUCUACUGUUUCCUCUGUCCUCCCCUCUGCAGCUGCCAGAAAGAAGAAACAGAGCAAGCCACUGAGCUUCAAAGUUGGCCUGGGCCGGGUCAUCAGAGGGGUAAGACCAUAGCGAUACUGUAUUAUAUUAAUUACAUAUUGAUUUAUAUGGCUAAAGGUGCUUUAUUGCCUCAAUUUAGCAAUAAUUAUGAUUUCCUUGUUCAAUGGAAUGCACCAGUUUUCAUUGUCUUAUGAGAAAUGUUGUUUUCAGUGGGAUGAAGGUAUCCUAACGAUGAGCAAAGGCGAGACAGCCAAACUGGAGAUUGAGCCAGAAUGGGCCUACGGGAAGAAGGGACUUCCUGAUUCAAAGUAUCCUUUACAUUGGAACAUCAUGGGAACUAUGGGCUAAUAUUGAAUUAGGAGAUGGCAGAAAGUGAUGAGUCUUGGCUUUAAUGGUAUGUUUUUCACCACAAGUGAUGGUCAGGAAGAUUGCUAAGCCUCAGAGUAGUCGUCUCCUGUACAAUGGCUCUAUCAUAGCCUUGUUGAUACUCAUUGAAUUUGAGCCGGAUUUAUAACUAUCUCUUAGUUUUAACACUUUUUAUAUGAAUGUGUCUCUCAUUAAAUGGAUAUGCAACAGUUUCUGUGUGCAUCCCUUAACUCUCCCACCACCAGAAUCCCACCAAACGCAAAGCUGAUCUUCGAGGUCGAGCUGGUGGCCGUCGAUUAACGGCAGAAACCUACCCAGCAUGCCCUUCUCUCCGUGGACGGGGAAAAUGCGGUAGUCACUAGACGGCUAUGCUCGAAAGGACAGAAGUGGUUGUAACGUUGUCAGAACGUUAAAGGAGUCUGAUAUAUUGUCUUAAUUUACGUUUAAUGGGAUGCUUUGGGAAUUUGGCAAUGAGGCCCUUUAUCUACUUCCCCAGAGUCAGAUGAACUUUUGGAUACCAUUUUUAUGUCUGUCCAGUAUGAAGGAAGUUAAAGGUAGUUUCUCGAGCCACUGCUAACUAGUGUUGGCACAAUGACUGGAAGUCUAUGGGUAUCUACUAACAUGCAUUAACACUAGUUAGCAUUUGCUCGUGAAACUAAAUCUAACUUCCUUCAUACUGGACACAGACAUAAAAAUGUUAUCCACUAGUUCAUCUGACUCAUUGCCAAAAUCCCAAAGUAUCCUU